AUGAAUCGCAAGACCAGUGUGAUUUGGGAUUAUGUCACAGUAAUUGAAAGUGAUAAAGCUAAGUGUGGAUUUUGUAAAACAGUGCUUAAAUUUAAUCAAUCUUCGACAACUAAUUUAUUAAGACAUAUAAAAUCUAAACAUCCAACAACUGAUUUGUCCAAACGUUCAAGACCUAAUUUUGAUGUAGAAGAAAAUAACCCAGAUGAUCCUUCUAGUAACAAUGGCAAUCUAUCAGCAUCAACAUCUUCUAAUUCUGGAGUCGUAUCAACUUCAAUAUCUAAUAAAGAUAGAUCUCCUCUUCUUAAUCGUCAGCCGUCAUCAUCAAUUUGUCCACAGCAAUGUCAAAUUUCUAAUUAUUUCAGCAAACCAGUAACUGCAUCAAAAAGGCAAUUAAUUGAACAACAGGUAAUUAAAAUGAUAGUUAAAGAAUAUUACCCCUUUAGUAUCGUUGAAGAUGUUGAAUUUAUAAAGCUGUAUGUUGCCUUAACUACAGAUGCGUGGACAUCACUUAAAAAUGAGACUUAUAUGGCUAUUACUGUACACUUCAUAGAUCAGAACUGUGAAUUAAAAUCAUAUUUACUUUCAUGUGCAAAAUUUCCAAUGAGACACACAAGUGAAAAUAUUAAAAACUGUCUUCAAAAUAUUGUAAGUCAAUGGGGUUUGAAAAAUAAAAUAGCAGCUUGUACUACUGACAAUGCUUCAAACAUAACUUCAGCGAUUCAGCAAUGUCAGUGGAGACAUGUUUCAUGUUUUUCCCAUAGCCUUAAUCUUAUUGUUCAAUCUUCUCUGGACCAAAUCAAAGAAACUAGAGUUAAAGUUAAAAGCAUUGUCGAGUACUUUAAAAGAAGUACACGCGCCACUGAAAAAUUGAACCAAAUGCAGGAACAAUUAGGUUACUCUCCAGUCCAUAAACUUAUACAAGACGUAGUCACCCGUUGGAGUUCUACGUUUCAUAUGUUCCAACGGUUUUUUGAAUUGAAAACUCCAAUACUGUCUUCCUUAGCAGAUCUUAAUUAUGAUGUCAGUUUAACUUCGGGUGAUUGGCAGAUAAUAAGUAAAUCUUGCGAUAUUCUGAAACGAUUUGAAGAAAUAACUCUUGAAAUGAGUAGUGAAAAAGGAGUAACAAUAUCUAAAACUAUUUUAUUUACUCAGGCUUUAAUUAACUUUUGUAACAAACUAAUGACCCAACAUCAGUCAAUUCCAUACAUAGACAGCUUUAUACAUAAAUUAACUGAAGAAACAAAUAAGAGAUUUGGUUACUUAGAAAAAGAUAUGCUGUUAGCCGAGGCAACAUUUUUAGAUCCUCGAUUUAAAAAAUAUGGAUUCAAAAAUCAUUUUUCUUUUCAAGACACAAAAAGAUCUAUUCUCAACAAAGGAAAAAUUAUAAUUACGAGUAAUAAAGAAGAUUCAAUUUGGAACGACUUUGAUUUGGAAGUUACUGAUAUAGUUCAGUCUCAGGAUCCAAAAGCGUUGAUGAUUAUCGAAGUAGAUAAGUAUCUUCAAGAACCUUUAAUUGCAAGAUCAAAUGAUCCAUUAAAAUGGUGGAAUGAAAACAAAAAUAUUUACACUACUUUGUUUGAAAUAAUGAAACGGCGUUUUUGCAUACAAGGCACAUCUGUUCCGAGUGAACGUGUAUUUUCCAAAGGUGGACAAGUUGUAACUGAAAAACGAAAUAGAUUAUCAAUUGUAUAUGACUCAACUAUAAGUAUGGAUAUUGAUUACCACACUGAUUCGUCGGAUGAUCAAAUAGAAGACACUCAAAUUGCUCCAUCAACUUCCAAAAAAUGCUACGACCAUAAAUAUAAUUAUAUGUGGGAAGAACAGGAAGAUUUUAAAAAAUGGAUUGCCAAAAGUACAAAAGGUGAAUUAAAUUUUCAUUGCAAAUCUUGUAAUCAAGAUUUAAAAGGAGGAUUGUCGGCAGUUAGAAAUCACAAUACAGUAGAACCCCUCUAA